AUGAAAAUCACGACUUUGUUUUUGUCCGCGAUUGCUCCGAUCACCGCUUUUGCCAUAUGCUCGAAUGAAGACUUCGACUAUGAUCCCCUUGCCAUCGGCCCAACAGAAUACAUACGCAGCCUUAGCAAUCUUCACACACGAGCGCUCACUCAGAUUGACGCUCAUGUUCACGUCCUCGUUUCGAAGAAACCUGAUACGCCUCCGAAAGCCGUCGUGCAAGCGAAGAUAGACUUCCUGAACAGCAAUUUCAAGCCUUGGAACUAUCAUUUCAACCUCGCAAGUGUCGAGACUACCGUCAAUGCAGAAUGGGCUGCAGGUAUCGACAAUGACAAGGCGGCCAAGACUAAAGCUCUACAUAAAGGGAACUACCAGAGUAUCAAUAUCUACAUGGUCGAAGGCGCUGGCAGCGGGUUGUGCUCCCUUCCUGCGGCUGGCACUGGACCCAUCAGUCAAGCUACGCUGAGUGGAGACGGCUGUUUCGUGCCAUGGGGCCCGGUCCCGAUCACGAAUUCAAGCACCUUGACGCACGAAGUGGGUCAUUGGAUGGGUCUCUUGCAUGUCUUCCAGGGAGGUUGUGAUGAUACAGAUGGUUGCGAUGACACAGCGCCGCAGGAGGGACCUUCUUACGCAAAGAUGGCGACUGCUGGAGACCGCAGUAGUUGUCCAGCCAAGAAGCAAUGCAACGGAAAUGGCAAGCAGAACGUGAACAAUUUCGUAAGUACAGAGAUAUCUGGAAAGAAGCGUCACUAA